UUCCCCAUCGAGUACGCCGACAUCUGGACGAUGUACAAGAAGGCCGAGGCGAGCUUCUGGACCGUCGAGGAGGUGGACCUGAGUCGCGACCUCGCCCACUGGAACGGCGAGCUAAAUCGAAACGAGCGCCACUUUAUCUCCCACGUUCUGGCCUUCUUCGCCGCCAGCGACGGCAUCGUCAAUGAGAACCUCGCGGAGCGCUUCAUCCGCGAGGUGACCGUCACCGAGGCCCGUUGCUUCUACGGCUUCCAGAUUGCCAUCGAGAACGUCCACUCGGAGAUGUACUCCCUGCUGAUCAACACCUACAUCAGCGACCGCGUCCAGCGCGAGUACCUCUUCAACGCCAUCCAGACGAUGCCCUGCGUCGCGAAGAAGGCGAAGUGGGCCAUGGCCUGGACGGCCGCCGAAAACGGCGCCACCUUUGCCGAGCGCCUCGUCGCCUUCGCCGCCGUGGAGGGCAUCUUCUUCAGCGGCUCCUUUGCCAGCAUCUUUUGGCUGAAGAAGCGCGGCCUGAUGCCGGGCCUGACCUUCAGCAAUGAGCUGAUCAGCCGCGACGAGGGCCUGCACUGCGACUUUGCCUGUCUCCUCUUUCGCCACCUGAUUAAGAAGCCGUACGAUGAGCGGGUGGUGCAGAUCAUCAACGAGGCCGUCCGCAUCGAGCAGGAGUUCCUCACUGACGCCCUUCCGGUCGCCCUCAUUGGCAUGAACAACGAGCUGAUGUCCACGUACAUUGAGUACUGCGCCGACCGGCUGCUGGUGGAGCUCGGCGUGCCCAAGUACUACAACGUCAAGAAUCCCUUUGACUUCAUGGAGCAGAUCAGCCUGGAGGGAAAGACCAAUUUCUUUGAGAAGCGCGUCGGCGAGUACCAGAAGAGCGGCGUCAUGUCCGAGGCCACGGAGCAGAAGUUUGUGCUGGAUGCGGAUUUUUAA